CAGAUAAGACUCAGUUUGGAGCUAUUCAGUGAGGAAUGAUACGUAGUGAACUGACUUAUGUUCUCUAAGACAGAGCUUUUUUUGAUCUUUUUUAAAAAUAAAAAAAAAAUAUUAUAGGCAGACCAUGUAAAUCUUCAGUGGUUUUAAAGUGUAAAGAUGUACUUGCCCUAUUCCUGAAAAACCCUCAUAAACCUUUUCAAAGGUAUCCCAAAAAAUUCAAAAUCGCCGAUAACUGUGCUGCGAUCUUCUUCACAGUGCCUUGAAAAGGCGCGAAAUUUUAUAAUUAUGGACAAGAUUGACAGCAGCAAUCAACUGGUCAAGCGAGUGAAAUUGGUGGCCUCUAAUGGACUUCCUCCGCUUCAAUACCGAAUCCAAUUUAUCGACGAAUGUUCCAUUGAAGAGGCAGUACCGUUCAUGAUUGAACACUUUUUGCCAAAUACCAACAUGGAUAAGGCCGUAGGCACUAUUAACGAUGAGCAGACAGUCGCUGCCUAUUCAUUGGACUGGAACACGCGGCUCCGCAAAGGAAUCUCUCUGGGUGCAUUUUUAGAGGACGAUGCAGGGAACAAAGGUCGUAUGAUCUCUUGCUUAGUCCUCGACAUCCGAAGGAAAGAAGAAGAGGAAUUUUCUUCGUCAGAGUAUCCAUCUGAAAAGUUCGGGAUCAUAUUCAGGGCCAUGUAUGAAGUUAUAUCAAAAGCUGACAUAUUCAAGAAGUACGAAUGUGACGCUGUGCUGCUGGAUUAUGGUUUAGCGACAUCGGCCGAGUUUCAGCGUCGGGGCAUCGGAGUGGAAAUGAUGGAGGCACGCGCUAAGGUGUGUAGCAUCAAGAAGAUCCCAGUCAGCGCAGGAGUCUUCGACAGCGAGGCCUCCCAAAAGCUCGCUGAAAAGUGCGGCUACGAGACACUCGCCGAACUAGACCUCACCACAUAUCGCAUCCAUGGCAAACUCGUCUACCUCCGACCAUCGUCGUCGCUCAUCAAGUGCAUGGCCAUACGUUACUUUUGAAGUAUCAGAAUCAGGUAUAUUACGUUGUAUCGUUACGUUGUAUCGUUACGUUGUAUCCAAGCCUCUUACAAGGGGUAAGGGUGUGUGAAAGAGGGUCGAGAUUGUGUUGGAAGCGAAUGGGACGACGCGUUCACUUCAUAUUGCAAGGUUCAUCUGUAAUUCCCACGACUUCUAGUCUCCAGGACGUUUCUUAAAGUGUAUAAUUUUUACAAUAGUUACAAUAAAAUUCAGCUUUCUGCUCGUGAAUUAUAUUACAUUUUUCUAUCGAA